AUGCACAUACAAAAGAUUAUCAUAACUUAUCGACAUAACAAAUCCAAAGACAAACAAUUGUUGAUUUGUUUUGGAUUAUUUUGGUGGAGUUUGAACUAUCGUACAGGAAUAACUUAUCAACUUUACACCAAAAUCAAUCCAGUAAAUGGUCAACCGUUAGUUUAUGGCAACGUCAAUUCCGUAGCUUUUAGUAACUUUCAGAAUUCUAAACCAACUCGAAUGAUCAUCCACGGUUAUGAACAGAAUGGAAGAUCAAUAAUAAAUCGUGAUCUCAAGAACAGUUAUCUUUUGAAGAACGAUUAUAACAUUAUAGUUGUUGAUUGGAGUGCAAUGGUAAGUCCCUACUAUGAAUAUGCUCGAAGUAGAGUUGAUAUGAUUGGAGUUGCUGUUUCCCGGUUCAUCGAUUGGCUCAACAUGAAUUAUGAAACUUUGCAUGUUGUUGGGUAUGAUCUUGGUGCACACAUUGCUGGGAUUGCGGGGAAGAACACUGUAAGGGGCAGAAUUAAAAGAAUCAUAGGACUUGAUCCUUCAAGACAACACUUCAAUGAGAACACAUCGUCAAAUCGAUUGAGCAUUGGCGACGCAAAACUUGUCGAAGUUUUUCAUUCAAACGGCGAUCAACUGGGAAUGUUUAAUCCAAUUGGAAAUAUUGAUUAUUAUGUGAAUGAUGGAAAAACACAACCGGAAUGUGUUGAUAAAAACAUUGACUGUUCUCACUACCGAUCUGUCAUUGUAUUCUCGAGAUUUGUUAAUGGACAACAUAAUUUUGCUAUAGCUACAUGUCAAGAUAUCAACGAAGUUGCGUCAGGAUGCACUUUAGAUCCCAUCGAGAUUCAACUUGAAGAAGAAUCACCAAGUGGAAUUUAUCAAAUCAACACUGCUGCAGCUGAAGCUAUAAAUGAUGAAGUGGAAAUUCUGUUUGUGGGAAUUUUCGUGACUUUAGUUGCGUGUGCUUGCAGUUCUUCCAUUGGACUAUUGGAACCAAUUAAUCCACUAUUCAAUGCAUACAGUGAUGUUCGCAUUAUGCUUUCAACAAGGGAAAAUCGCGACAAUCCAAUCCGAUUGAAUUUCCGCGAUUUGUCAUCAGUUCAACAAAGCCCGUUCAAUAGUCAAAAGCCGCUUCGCGUUUUGAUUCAUGGAUGGUGGGAAGAUGAAACAAGCGAUAUAAAUAUCGAAACUUCUCGCUUAUUGCUUGAUUAUUACGACUUUAACAUCUUGUUUAUUGACUGGUCAGAAGGUUCAAGAACAAUUUCUUAUCUUCAAGCGCGCAAUCGAGUUCCACUUGUUGGAGAGUUUUUGGCUUCAUAUUUGGAUUUUCUUCACGAGAAUAAUUUCAUUGACUAUAAUCGUGUUUCGAUUGUUGGAUUCUCUCUUGGAGCUCACAUGGCUGGAAUUACUGGGAAAUUAGUUCGUCGAGGUUUCAUUAAUACUAUUGUUGGACUUGAUCCCGCAGGUCCCUUGUUUAGUGUCAAUAAUUCAGCUGAUAGAUUGGAUGCUAGCGAUGCUCAAUAUGUUGAAGCAAUUCAUACAAAUGGAGGUUCUCUUGGUUCCGGUAUAGGAGCGCCUAUCGCUCAUGCUGACUUCUUUCCCAAUGGAGGAUCACUUCAACCAGGUUGUUUCACAAAUUCUUGCCAUCACCUUAGAGCGGUUGCGUUCUUUAUUGAGUCUAUUGAAACUAACAGUUUUUUCGCUCGGAGAUGUAACAGCCAAUUACAAGCUCAACUAGGAACAUGUUCAGGUGAACCGGGAGCAUGGUUUGGUGGAGAACCUUCAAACUUUAAUUUGACACUUCGUGGCAUUUUUCAUUUUGUUACAAAUAGUAAUUCACCUAUCAAAAUGAAUUUUCUUCUGAUUCACAAGUUAACGUUUGUUGUUCAAUUGUUGGUGAUUAUUCAAGUAUCAGGGUUUAUAGCUGAACGUGAUGUGAUUUUGUUUCUUCGUAAUUUUAAUGGUUCACUCUUUGAUGAAGCACGUUAUCAACUGGAUAACAUCACUAAAAUCAAAGAAUUUUCUUUUAAAGUUUCCAAACCAACGAUCUUCUUAAUUCAUGGAUAUUUAGAAAGUUCCGUAUCGCAACAUCAUUUGAUGUUGAGCAAGACUUUACUUAAAGUGAAGAAUGUGAAUCUUUUCUUCGUUGAUUGGUCGAAAGGUGCAUCUGCACUUGUGUAUGUGGACGCUCGAGAUCGAGUUCCAGAAGUAGGAAAAAUUGUUGCAACUUUCUUAGAGUCACUCAAAAAGGAAGUGAACCUGAAUUAUAAAGACGUGACAUUGAUCGGUUUUAGUUUGGGUGGUCAUGUUGCAGGAAUGACUGGGAAAAGUUUAAUAAGUGGAAAAAUUGGGAAGAUUAUUGGAAUAGAUCCAGCAGGGCCACUUUUUAAUGUUUCUGAUGUUGAACAUCGGUUGAGUCCACUUUCAGCGGAGUACACUGAAUGUUCCCACACUGGAUAUAAACUUGGAAUGAAAGAUCCAAUCUGUCAUGUUGACUUUUAUUUUAAUUCUGGAAAGAUUCAACCUGGAUGUGAGAAUUCCAUGUCUUAUUUAGCCAAAAUUUGUUCACAUUUACGUGGAAUGCAAAUAAUUAUUGAAGCUUUUAAUAAUCCGAAAGCCUUUUAUGGAAAACGUUGUGAAAACUUUGACGAUGCCUGGAAUGGAAAUUGCAACGGUGAACCUGGCGCGUUCUACAAUAACGAUGAAAACGAAGCAAAUAAUCUUUCAGGAGUUUAUCAUGUCACAACUAAUGCUGAGCCACCUUUUGGACGUGGUCUGGAAACUACAGCGUUAACUAUUCUGGCUUGUGUUUCAAGCACACCAGUGCAAAGCGAAUUUGAACCAAUCGAACAAAUGUUUGAUGCUUACAGAGAUGUUCGCCUAUUAUUGAGUACGAGAUCUAAUCGACAAAAUCCCCUUCAACUUCGUUUCCGUGAUUUGCUGUCUUUACAACAAAGUCCAUUCGAUCGAACAAAGCCUUUACGUGUUCUUAUUCAUGGAUGGUUGGAAGAUGAAACGAGUGACAUUAAAGUAGAAACUUCAAGAGAGUUUCUCGAUUUUUAUGACUUUAACGUUAUCUUUGUUGAUUGGUCUGAAGGUGCCAGCACACUUAAUUAUAUAAGUGCUCGUAAUCGAGUUCCAACCGUCGGAACAUUUGUCGCAUCAUACUUGGAUUUCCUUCAUGAAAAUAAUUUUAUCGAUUUCAAUCGAGUUUCUCUCGUCGGAUUUUCUCUUGGAGCUCACAUUGCUGGAAUGACUGGAAAGAAUGUUCGUAGAGGGAAAAUAAACACAAUUAUUGGACUUGAUCCCGCUGGGCCCUUGUUUAGUAUCAAUAACCCAGCCGAAAGAUUAGCUGUUGGUGACGCAAUGUACGUUGAAGGAAUUCACACAAAUGGUGGAUUGCUGGCAGCUGGAAUUGGAGCUCCAAUUGGAAAUGCUGACUUCUUUCCAAAUGGUGGUUCGGGACAACCAGGUUGUUGGACGAAUACUUGUUCGCAUGGUCGUGCUGUUGAAUAUUACGUUGAAUCUAUAAGAAGCAACAGGUUCUUAGCAGUGCAAUGUGCUAAUGAAAGCGAUGCUGGUCGUGGUAGAUGUUCUGGUCAACCUGGUGCUUGGAUGGGAGGCGAACCUUCUAACUUUGAUAAGUCACUUCGUGGAAUAUUUUAUUUAGAAACAAAUAGAAACUCUCCGUUUGCUCAAGGACCUUUGAAGCCUCAAUAAUGUUAAGAACCUUUUGAAUAAAAUGUAAAGUUAGAUCAAAUCAUUAAC